AUGGGCCUUGCAACAGCCAAAGCUCUUUUCGCCCGCGGCGCCAGUCUUUCCCUUGCCGACUACCGGGAAGACGCCUUGACCCAAACUCGAAAGGAAAUCGAAUCCUCAUUCACAUCCACCUCCUCCGCAAAGCCCAACAUCCUAGCCACCGCCGUUGACAUUCGCGAAUCGUCGCAGGUGGACUCCUGGAUCGAGAAGACGAUCUCGCACUUUGGACGCUUAGACGGCGCAGCUAAUAUCGCUGGGGUGUUGGGCAAGAACUUCGGUGUUCAUAUUCUUGUACAAUUGAGCAAUGAGGAGUGGGAGUUUGUCACGAGGACAAAUUUCACGGGACUGUUUUAUUGUAUGAGGGCGCAGUCGAGGGUACUGAGUGACGGAGGCGCCGUGGUAAACGCGGCGAGUACGACAGGGUUAGAGGGGCAUCCGAAAAAUAGCCCGUACUCGGCGACUAAGCAUGCAGUCAUUGGGUUGAGUAAGAGUGCGGCCGGUGAGGUGGGAGGGAGAGGAAUCCGGGUCAACUGUGUUGCGCCAGGUAUAUUCAAUACGCCGAUGGUGGCAGGCUUGGGUGGAGUGGAAUCUGCAAAGUUGGAAAUGUUCAAUCGGGUGCCGCUCUCCAGGAUAGGCCAGCCAGAGGAGGCCGCCAGUGUUCGGGCAUUCCUAUUGAGUGACGGGGCUAAGUACAGUAGGUCUUCUCCAGACCCGAAAUCCAGGCUUGAGCGUCUUCGGGAAAUACGAAACAUGUAUCAGUGA